AUAGCGCUCCUCUCAUCUGUCUUCAGUCUCUCUCGAGUAUCGCUGUUAUCUCUCUCCGCGUGCAGCAGACUUUCACCGUGUUUUUGGUUUCUUCAAGUUUCAUUUGUCGAUAUUUGGAAAGUGUCGGACGUGUUUUAACACCUGAUCAGUGUCGGAAAUCUACUUUGUGAGAAAGCGUCACGAUGCCUCAGUGAUUGUUGGCAUCAUCUCAGCCCCUCGAGAGGUUCAUGGGAAGAAGGCUGUGAGCGGGGAGGACUUAAGAGAGGAGGAACAGCAGAGGAUUCUAUCUGGACCCUAUGAGUGUGCAGUGAGGAGUAAAUACGUUUCUCUCCUCAGGAGUUUGGUGGUGGAUGUUUGUGGAGGUGAGGCGCCCGGCUGCAGCGAUGGUGUUUGAGGCGAGGCUUCCUCCCUCCUCACCUUUGACCUUUCCUUCACGAUGUCUAAAGAACUCACCGUCGCCUCCUACAUCGUGCUGGAGCUGCUGAUCGCCGUGUUCUCCGUGUUGGGAAAUGUUCUGGUUUGUUGGGCCGUGUGCCUCAACAGCAACCUGCAGAGCAUCACCAACUUCUUCGUGGUGUCCCUGGCGGUGGCAGAUAUCGCCGUCGGGGUCCUCGCCAUCCCCUUCUCCAUCGCCAUCAGCACCGGGUUCUGCUCCAACUUCUACGGCUGCCUGUUCAUCGCCUGCUUCGUUCUGGUGCUGACGCAGAGCUCCAUCUUCAGCCUGCUGGCCAUCGCCAUGGACCGCUACAUCGCCAUCAAGAUAUCACUCAGGUACAACAGCUUGGUGACGGGGCAGCGCGCUCAGGGCAUCAUCACCAUCUGCUGGGUGUUAUCCAUCAUCAUCGGCCUGACCCCCAUGAUGGGAUGGCACAAACCCCCCGACAGCAGCAACAGCUCCUUUUGCCCCCCAGGCCUCAUGUCGUGCCUGUUUGAGGACGUGGUGGUCAUGGAGUACAUGGUCUACUUCAACUUCUUAGCCUGCGUGCUCAUCCCCUUGCUGCUGAUGCUGGGGAUCUACCUGUGCAUCUUCAUGGCCGCUCGCCACCAACUCAAAUUCAUGGAGGUGAAGGCGGUGCACGGAGGGAAGUCUCGCUCCACGCUGCAGAAAGAAGUCCAGGCGGCGAAGUCUCUAGCGAUCAUCGUAGGACUUUUCGCCGUCUGCUGGCUUCCUCUACACAUCAUAAACUGUUUCACGCUCUUCUGUCCGGAGUGCGCUGCUCCUCCACAGUGGAUCAUGUUCGUGGCGAUUAUCCUUUCCCACGCCAACUCCGUCAUCAACCCUUUUAUCUACGCCUAUCGAAUCCGGGAGUUCAGGCAAACCUUUCGCAGGAUUAUCCGCCGACACAUCCUUCGAAAGCAGGAAACCUUUGAGAGCGGCAGCAGCAGACGCAACUCCGUGAGACUCAAAGCGGACGGGAUACACUUUGACGCUUGUACUGAACACAGCAGCAGCAACAGCAGCUGUGAAAGCUCCUGCAGAUGUUCCUCUCACAUCUCGACUGUCGGGGGAGGUUUGGUGGCGGUUUCUCGGCCUCCUUUAUCAGUCAUUAUCUCCCAUUGUCCUAAAUUGGGACCCUGUCCACUGCAGGCCCUCAGACACAUCCCUGGAGGCCAUCAUCCUCUUCAGUAUGCAGAGCAAGAGCACGACAGCGCAGGACAGGAAGUGGAAGAGGAGGCGAGGUCGGCACAGGCGGAAUCGCUGUACGACGAACAGGAGAGGAAGUGUUGCUUUAUAGAGCUGGCGAACAUGUCAUGACGCAUGCAGAAAAACCCGGUUAUCGGAUGAUUGAAUUCAUCAGCCUCAAAGGUGUGGGUCAGAAGCUCCAGCUCCUACUGUCAUCUAUUCAUCACCAAGAAAAAAAGGGGUACGAGAAGAAACAACGACAUUUAGUGGGCGUAGUGCGUAUGACAGGACAGGAGCAAAGGCCAUUUUAAACGUUGCGGACACGUUCCUGAUGAUGCAAAUCACGAUAUUAGUCCCGUCCACGAGGGUCCUGUACGUUCAGCAAAAGCCCCUAAUGCGAAUCCAGUUUUGCUCCACUCUCCAGUCCAGUUAUUGGCGUAUGAACCUGUUUGCCUAAAAGAAGAUGAAAAGACACAAAACUGGAGGAUUGUUUAGGAGAGAGGUUCAGGUUGUGUGAGGAGACUCGCCAUUACGGACGCUACAAACGUGAAUGAAUUGUGUCUUUACAGGAAAACAAAGACAGCCAAAUGGCAAACACUGUAACGUGGAUUGUGGAUCGGUAAAAGCCAGACAGACGUGCAAAGUUAAAAUACUUCACAAGACUUUAGGUGAUGAACUAUACACAUCAAGAAAAUCCUUAAUAAAACCAAACACAGUCUCGUCCCCUCACAGUUUAUUCCAGCUUGUUUUUAUUCAGCUCCCAAGAAGGGGAAGUUAUUUAAGAAAAUGAAGUCUCUGCACUGUUGUUGAAAUGUCGUUUGUUUGUUGCCUUUAACGUGUUGUUGCCUUCGUGUUCACAAGGUUGAGUUUCACUUUUCAUUUACAAAUGAAUCUUUUUUGAAUCCACAUUCCCCGCCGUACUCUGUUUAUAUCACAUUAAAGUGAACAUGUUUCUGUAUUGCACUUACAAAACAAGACAUUUACAGACGUCAUCUUUGAUUUUGAGAAACUAGGAUGAAUUUCUUUUUGUAUUUUCAACAUUUGCUAAACUAUUAAAUGAUGAAUUAGUUGCAGCUCUACAUUAUUUUCUUAAUGAACCAUCAUUUGCGUGGUGCACAGACUUCAAUCUGCGAAGCAACGUUCACGCUCGUUUGCAAAAACCUUUUUCACAUCCCUUUCUCUCACACUGAAAUCCAGCUUCACCCACAUCUGCGUGUAUUUAUCUGUCGUACGUUUAUCUUCAUGUCGGAACAUGUCUUUUUUUAGACUGAAGUUGUUCACGUGUGUUUCAUAAUAAUGUGUUAAAGUCAAGGCCCCAAACUCGGUAAUAUAUUCCUAACUCUGUGUUUGGGUCUGCUAAAAGUGUGACACUGUGACUUAUUAUAAGUUAUUUCUCAUGUUGUUGACUUCUGAGUUUGAUGAGUGGAUUGUUAAUGAUUAUAUUUAAAGGAAUACUUCACAUCCAAUCAACGACUCACCCGGUGUUUCCUUACAUUUGCCUCCACGGUAAAUGAAGAAUUGAAAAACAGAGAAAAGUCUUGAUGAAUUGAAGUAAAGUAACUUCAAGAACAUAGUGACAUCACUAUAUAACACCUGUGCUUCUAUUGGCUAGCGCUCCAACACAUUGUACGUGAUAGGCUAAGGGGCGGGACAUCUCUUAGUGGUUGACUAAUCACAACAGAGCCGGCCAGCUAACCAAUCAGAACAGACUGGGCUCUGGUUUCAGACAGAGGGUGAAAAGAGGUGCUGCAGUAUGAGAAAAUAAAGAGCUUUUUGAACAUUAAAGCAUGGAGACAUGUCCCAGUAGAGACACUACAUACUGAUAUGAAGCUGAAAAUGUCCUCUUUAAUUAGUAACGUUUUACUGAAAAUGCAUUUGUUUAGGAUUUACUCACUCUACUUCAAUUCAUCAAGAAUGGUCUCUGUGUGUGUAUGCUUUGGUAAGAGUUGAGGCAUGUGAGCAAAGAGUUAUUAAUACACGAUGAUCCUUUUAUUGGUGAAAUAUCCCUUUAAACUCAAACCCAUGACUCAAGCCUUUUUUUUGUUUCUCUGCUGAAUGUUUUGUCACAUGCAGGCGAGCACAAAGUCCCGCCUUUAAAUAAAUUCCUUUUCCAUUUUU